AUGAAGCAGAGAAACAAAAGGAAAAAGGAUAACCUUAGAUUUUUGAAGAUCUAGAGAGUAAUCAAAUUGAAAUCUAAGAGUUUACAAUGGCAAAGCCUUAUUUUGAAAAGCAAAAGAACUUUAUUUACAAGUUUUUUGGAAACAUUCAACCUAAUAUGCCUAGAGCUAUUGUUAAUUAUCUUCAACUAAUCAAUUGACUGAUUUAUCAAAAUGUGAAGAAAUAUUAAAAAAUUUGUAUUAAUAUUUAGAAAGCUUCAAUAAAGAUACCAUGUUUUUGGAUUUAUAAUGAAUUAUUAUUGCAUUUUAGAAGGUUAAGAGAAAAGGAUGAAUGAAUAUUUUGAUUAAAAUUUUGAAAUGAGAGAGAAAUUUGAUAUCUAAAAAUUAUUUAUUGAUUGUGAUUAUGAUAUUUAAGCUAUUAAACUUGUGAUUAGAAAUGGUUAAUUUUAGUAGAAUUCACUUAGUUUGUUGAAGAGUAUUAGAUUUAUUUAGUAAGCUGACUAUUAAAGCUUAGAAGUUAUUGCUUCUAAGUGA